AGUCCGGAAAGAAAAACCGUUGGCAGGAGUGCACGAGCACGACGCAGAAAAGAUUUUUCGAAGAGCAAGUGCAAAUUACUGCACUCCACGCGGCUAUAUAUAUAGGGAUGUAGUGACAUAUGAGACAGUUGGACGCGUCAGGUUCCAUGGAGGCUGCCGCGGCGGCUGCGGGGCCUGGUCAGAAGCCAGCGGCCGCGGCGGGCAAGGCGCCGUCGCUCUCGUCGUCCGUGGUUGCCACGGCGGCGAGCCUCGUGGCGGUCGGCCUGGGCGGCGCCGCGCUGCUGGUGUGGUGGGCGCUGGCGUUCCACCCGGCGCACGCGCGCCUGUGGAUGGUGCCCGCGGGGCUCGUCCUCCUCGGCACCCCCAUCCUCGCCUGGCUCUCCCUCUUCGCCUCCGGCCGCGGCCGCGGCCACGACGCGACUGGUGCACAUGCAGUUACACCUGCUUAAGCGACCUGCAAGCUUCUGUCUAUCCACAUAGGAGUGCGGCGUACAUAGUAUAUUUAGAAACGGAGGGAAAACGGAGGGAGUACUAGCGAGCUAGCCAUUUCAUCCAUGCACAGUACUAUGAUCACUACUCAGCUUCUGUUUAAUUAGUUUGAUUGCUGCUUUUGAUGUACACGAAACAUAUGUUCAGCGUUUCUACGGCAGUGUUCUUGCGAAUGUU